AUGGGAGAGAUAUCAUUGCCACCCGGUUUUCGAUUCCAUCCAACUGAUGAAGAACUAGUAGGAUAUUAUCUUAAAAGAAAAGUGGAAGGACUUGAAAUUGAGCUUGAUGUUAUACCUGUCAUUGAUUUUUACAAAUUCGAUCCAUGGGAGUUGCCUGAGAAAUCGUUUCUACCAAAACGAGAUUUAGAAUGGUUUUUCUAUUGUCCACGCGAUCAAAAGUAUCCAAACGGAUCAAGAACAAAUAGAGCUACCAAAGCCGGUUACUGGAAAGCCACCGGAAAGGAGAGAAAGAUUGUGUGUCAAGGCACUUCAUCUACUAUCACAGGAAACUGCAAAGCACUUGUUUUCUAUCUUGGAAAGGCCCCUUUAUGGAAUAGAACUAGCUGGAUCAUGCACGAGUAUCGCCUCACCGAUGAUCUUGGUCAAGACCCGCCGUAUUUUAAGGGUGGUUUUGCUUUGUGCCGAGUUAUUAAAAAGAAUGAAAAGAGAAAGAGGAUUGGAACUAGUUCCGGUGAUGUUUCUUCUCAAGCAAGUCACCUGAAUAAUGAGAUUGGAUAUUCAAGCCUUGUUACUUCUAUGCAAAAUGUGGCUCCAAUUGCUGAGCUUAACCAUGUUUUAAUAGAAACCAAUCCUUCAAACUUAUGUAUCUCCCCAGAUAUGAUUCUUGAUUCUUCAAAGGAGUAUACCAUAAUACAAGAAGCAGUGUCUCAAUAUUUUCCUAGGCAUGACUCACAAAAUCAGUCAUUGGAACAUGAAACAAUUUCACCUACUUUAUCCUUCUCAAAUUUAGAGAGUGAAAUUGAAUUUUCUGAUAAUGUAAGUCAAAUUGGAUGCAUAUCACCUUACCCAAUUCAUGGGAAUAUCAUGGACUACGACGAAAAUUGGGAAGUUCCUUAUGAGGCUUAUCAUCAAAUUAAUUCAGUCUCACAUCAAGAUCCAAUUUGA